CCCCAACAAUCUCUCUUGAUUUGUUGAUUAGUCCAAGGUGGACGGAGACCUUGAGGAAUCCUGAACAGCAUUAUUCUUUGUCGCCGCUCUUCCUUUCUCUCCACCUUCCAACAGAUUUCACAGGAGGUGGUUGGGGUUGGGCGGACCAGCAAAGGCACAUGGGCCGCUCCCGUUCCUUUACAGCGGCGCCUGUUCGGGUUGUGCUCGCGCCGCCGCUCCUGCUCCUCCUCUUCUUGCUCGGCCUCCUCCGACCUGCGGCUGCCAAUGUGGGGGACACCUGCUCCACGACCGCCGACUGCGGCGCCGGCCAGUGGUGCUUCGACUGCGAGCCCAAGUUCUCCGGCUCCCACUGCGUCCGCUCCGCCGCCACCAACCCCUUCCAGCUCAUUAACAACUCGUUGCCCUUCAACAAGUAUGCCUACCUCACGACGCACAACUCAUACGCCAUCGUCGGGGAGCCCUCGCACACCGGAAUCCCACGCGUCACCUUUGACAACCAGGAAGAUACGGUCACUGAUCAGUUGAACAAUGGAGUCCGGGCACUGAUGCUCGACACGUAUGACUUCAAAAACGACGUAUGGUUGUGCCAUUCAAGUGGAGGGAAAUGCAACGACUUCACUGCAUUCGAACCUGCACUGGACACUUUCAAGGAGAUCGAAGCAUUCCUUUCGGCAAAUCCGUCCGAAAUCGUCACUAUAAUCCUGGAAGACUAUGUCCACGCGCCGAAUGGACUAACGAAUGUGUUCAACGCCUCUGGUCUGUUGAAGUACUGGUUCCCAGUGUCUAAAAUGCCUCAGAACGGUCAGGACUGGCCACUUGUCAGCGACAUGGUCGCGAGCAACCAGCGACUCCUGGUGUUCACCUCCAUCAGCUCGAAGCAGAGUACAGAAGGCAUUGCUUACCAGUGGAAUUUCAUGGUUGAGAAUAAUUAUGGUGAUGAUGGGAUGGAUGCUGGGAAAUGCUCGAACCGAGCUGAGUCUGCUCCUCUCAAUGACAACACUAAAUCGCUGGUCCUCAUGAACUACUUCCCAUCGGUCCCUGUGAAGUUUACAGCAUGUCUGCAGCAUUCCCAGAAUCUUAUUGACAUGGUGAAUACAUGCUACGGCGCAGCGGGGAAUCGAUGGGCUAAUUUUGUUGCGGUUGAUUACUACAAGAGAAGCGAUGGAGGCGGUGCAUUCCAGGCCACAGACUUGCUCAAUGGUAAACUGUUAUGCGGGUGCCAGGACAUCAGGGCAUGCUCGCAAGGUUCUGGUGUAGAAUAGGAAUUUGAUUGGAGUGGUACAUUCAUACAGGAUUACAGAAAUGCAAUAUUUACUUGGUGGUGUGAUGAUGGUAGUUUUAAGGGAGGACACAAUUAGAAAGUAGAUUACCUGAGAGUGAUGCAGCAAUACAGCAGGGUAAACAAUAGGAAUAUGGAAGAAACAACCAGAAGUUUCAUGUUUGUGAAUGAGAGUUUACUUUCAAUUCAUCUAGUUUUGAACUGGAAAAGCACUGUGACUCCAGAGUCCAAUCAUUUCUGAAUAUGCAGAAAAGUACUUCGUAGAA